CUUCUUCUCUCCCCAUUUAUCUUCUCCGCGUAGCCUUAGUUAGCCAUUAAUCGCCGCAAAUGGAGACCUCCAAAUCUCAGUCAUUCUUCCACGGCAUCAGAUCCAGAGAGCUCAACGGAUUUCGAGCUAGAAAACGACCGUAUAUCAACAAUUUGACAUUGGAUUUCACUGAAGUUGGAGCUCUGGCCAUCGAGCACAGCGGCAACGAGACGCCUCCUAUGGCCGUUUCCUUUUGCAAGACAAGUAAAAAUUCCCAUAUUUUUGCUGUCUCUGACGAGGAUGGAUACGUAAAUUUGUUUGAUUCUGGUAGAAAGUUUUCUUCUUGCUCUUCUCGUGGGGAAAAUACAGAGGAAGCUAGACUAGCUGAUUGGGUAGCACAUCAGAAUGCCAUAUUUGAUAUAUGCUGGAACAAGGAAGAUACCAACAUUUUGACAGCUUCAGGGGAUCAAACUAUUAGGGUGUGGGAUGUACAGGAAAAGAAAUGCACUGGCGUGCUGAUUGGGCAUACAGGAAGUGUGAAAUCUCUGAGUUCUCAUCCAACAAAUUCCGAUAUUAUCAUCUCCGGUUCAAGAGAUGGGUCCUUUGCUUUAUGGGACUUGAGGUGCAAAAUUAGUUCCAAAAGCAGAUGCAAGGAGGAUUGCAUUAGCUCCACUGCCAUAGUCAAAAGAGCUCAUAUUUCACCUCAAGCAAGACGUGUUAAGCGUGUCAAGGCUGCAUCCAUGAGCAUUACAUCAGUUCUAUAUCUCAAAGAUGAGAUUUCCAUUGCUACUGCUGGAGCAGUUGACAGUGUGGUAAAGUUCUGGGAUUCCAGAAAUCUUAAAACUCAUGUUACUCAGGCAUGUCCACAUCCAAAUUCUUCAACUCAAAAGGAAAGAUCUCAUGGCAUAUCUAGCUUGUCUCAGGAUUUAAAUGGAGUAUUUCUCACAGCAUCAUGCAUGGACAACAGAAUAUACUUGUACAACGUACUUCAGCUUGACAAGGGUCCAAUACAAACGUUCUCUAGAUGCCAAAUAGGCUCAUUUUAUGUAAAGUCGGCAAUUAGUCCUGAUGCAGCAUAUUUACUCAGUGGUUCAAGUGAUGGAAAUGCCUACGUAUGGCAGGUGAACAAGCCCCAAGCAGAGCCAAUCACAUUGGAAAGUCACAGUGGAGAAGUCACAGCAGUAAAUUGGUGUCCAUCUGAGACAGGGAAGAUAAUAACUUCUGCAGAUGAUUUCACAGUCCGGAUAUGGAACAUUGAAAGCCGCUAUAGCACAAGCACAAGAUCACCAUCUUCCAUUAGGAGGAGAGUAAUGGCAAUUCCGAGUUCAGAAUGUAAGAAACUCAUCAAGAAUGAAGAAUUAUCAGGUCCAACAAAGGACCCUGACAGUUCACAUCCUGCAGAUGAAGUAUUGCACCAAAUGAAGUCAUCCAAGCCUAUCCCAAACUCCAUCCUUAGUACCCCUGAAGCCCAAAAGAGAAGGUUUUCAUCAGUUUCUGCUUCAAAAGAAAACUUAGAAAAAACGCCUGAAGCUGCAUCGAAGAGUCCAAGUUCUGUCUUGAAUCCUCCUUCCUCUCUGAAACGAAGAACAAUUCGAGAUUACUUCCUGGUAUCUCCAUGAACCUGUGUUGUUUCAUACCUUGCGGUUGAGAUCAUACAUACCAUUGUAGCAGAUUUUUGUAGAAAAAUGCGUACAAGUUCUGGGAAUAUAAAGAUUGUAAAGCAGGGUUCGAGAUAAUUUUUUGUAUGCCACCAAUUCUCAGUACCU